AUGGCAAGAAUUUUCAACGUUUUCAGCACAUUCGGCUUCGCCCUUUUGUUGCAUAACACUUCAGCACAACAAUUUCCAGGCGCUCUAUUUGACUACGAGUCUCUCAACAUAAGUUCGCCAUGUCUUCAGGCUAUCAAUACGAUGUUGGACUGUUCGGCGGUACUGGCAAGGCUUACGACAUUUCAGCCGCCGGAAGUUAACGUUCUCCGACCGGACCUGAUUCCAGUUGUUUGCAAUGACAAUUGUAAAGAAUCGAUGAACAAACUCCGAUCUAAAAUCAUCCAGAGCUGUGACGCGGAAAAGGAUCUUGUGGAUCAUAAUCUGGAGCUACAUCCUGCCACAUACAUCCUUGACCACUUUAUCUAUACCUACAACAUUUCUUGUUAUAAGAACAGGGAGACUGGGGAGUUUUGCGACGAGGUUCUGAGCGGGUGGAGAAACCAGUCCAACGGCGAUGCUCAUGAAUGCGAUGAUUGCGUACUCGGACCUAUGGAAAUCGAGGUAAACUCGAAUAUCGGGCACACCGAAAACCGGACUAUCGAAUUUCAGUCACUUGUUUCGAGCUGUGGCAAGCCGGACUACACAUACCCUCGACCUUCUGCUUGCAGCUCGGCAUCUGCCCCAACAUUAGAAGCUACCGUCGCUGUUCGUGAUUGGUCCGCCCAACGAAUGUCCUCGCAUUGUGAUUAUACAUAUCACGUCAAAGAAGGAGACACGUGUGAGAGUAUUACGAUUGCUCAAAAUGUUUCGACAAUCGGCCUCACCGAGGCAAAUGAGGAUCUUGGCCGUGACUGUCGUGGCUUGCAGGUUGGCCAAGAUUUAUGCAUACCUCGACGAUGCAAAACUCACAUGGUCAGCUCUGGAGACUCAUGUGAUUCGCUCAACAUUAAGUACGACAUAACAAAACAGGAACUGAUGGAAUGGAAUCAUAUGAUUCUCAUCAGGUGCAAUGACAUGGGAAGCUUACGAUCAGAUUUGAUCUGUGUUGGUCCACCUAUAAACCCCGAGAAAGUGUUAAAGAUCACUUGCGAUGGGAGCAAGUUUACGCCCGAAACAGACUCCAAGGGUACUUCCACACUCAAGGAACAAAUGCCUUCCUCCACACUCGGAGUUCUGUCGAGUGAGCCGUCAGCUCCUGUAAAAUCCAGCUCCGGGUCGCGUAGUCGACGGAUACUUUGGUAA